GAAGAGUGGUUAAUAUGUCUGCGGGUCGAUUUAUAAAGUUUCUUAACUUGUAGGUUUUAUAUAGAUUUUUUCCAAAAAAUAUCAGGAUGAUGACGUAUUCAUUUUCUUUCAUAUCAAAAUGCUAAAAUCAGAAUAUCUCAGGACAAAAAACAUAGCUACAUCUUCGUAUUGUGUCUACUUUUAGAGAAUUUGCAUUAACUUUUUUAAAAUUAUUUAAAUUAAGAAUACUAUUUCUUGGGUCGUCAAUUAGUAAUUCCCCGUCAAAAAAUGUUUCUACUGGCAACAACAAACGUAUUCAACCAGUUAUGUUAAUCAUAUAAUCUUUUGCAAAACAAAAUUUCAUGACCACACCCCUCGACCCCUCACCUUCUCAGCCCAACACUUAGAACAUUACAAAUGUCCUGUAAGUUUUCCCACAAGGUGUGUUUUCAUGUGAAAUUCACAUGAAUGUCCAUGUUAAUUUGAUGCUAACUACUCAACUAUUGUCAGACAAACUAAUCCUUUGUAAACAAAUAAACAAACAAACACGCCAUGAGUAAUUCUCAUCAUUGUGGUCGAAAAAUAAGAUUAGUGCCCAUACCUCCAUGAUUUUUUUCUUUUACUAAAAUUUUUGAAAGUAUAGUGACGCUGAAUUUUGUCCUUGCUUUAGAUUUUGUACUAUCCUUCUAUAAAUAUAUGUCCAUAUAUAUGUCUAUUUAAAUUUUUGUCAGCUUUUAUUUUCCGUAUUAGCUUUACAUAUACACGUCCCAAACUUGCAUGUGUAAAAAUGCGUCCGAAUACACGCCCAUGCUCAAAUAAACGCCCAGUAAAAAAUCAUUGAUGGUGUACAAGCAACGCUUAGGGCAGAUACUUUUUUCAGUGUUUAUUAGCUUUGUCUUAUAAAGAGACAUGAAGACUAUGUAAAUUUUCUCUAUAAACAAAUAUUUGCACAAGGGAGGCGAACAGAAGUGCUCGUAAAAAUGAAUUUACUCUGUGUUUUUCCAACAUUACCAAAAAAGCGAAUUCCAAAUUGUAUUUGUUUACGUCUUUUGUUUGUUUAUUGUUUGUUUCAUAAAUGAAAUGGUUGAAUUAAAAUUAUAAUUAGUUUUUCGUCCGUUUCAUUAAUUAAUUAGUUCAUUCAUUCAUUUAUUUAUUGAUCGAACUGAACAUAUUUGUAAAUGCGUGUUUGUUUUUUGAUUGACAAAAGCUCUUUGCAAUGAAAUUCAAUUUGCACGAUGUAGUUCUUAACUUAGUUCGAUGCUCUUGCUAACAUAAAAUAUGAGUGACUAAAUAAAUGUGUGAACAAGUAUAAAAUACUGACCAGACUGGAAUUUUUUUUUUAUAGCAAGCAUUUUUGUCGCCAGCCACUUGAGAUAGUUUGUGUAUAUUAACGGUGCUGUAGGAUGUGGCUAGAUAAUGUAACAAACGCUAUGUGCCAGUGUUAUCAAAACAAUACAAAAACAUAAAUCGACUCAUUGUAAAUAAACUUUAUAUUAUUUUCUCAUGUUGUGAAAGCAGCAGCAAGACGAGGAAGAUAUUUUCUUCAAAUCAAUCGACACGUGUAAAGUUUAUCAUUUAAGAAGCUACCCACACAGAGGUCAACAAAUUAAAUCAAAAUGGCGAGAAAUUACUCCACUGAGUUUUCCAACAUGGGUUGGCCUUCACCUUAUAAUGGAAUGUCACCCUACUCACCGAUGCCUGCUAACUCUGUUGGCUUUCCUUAUCAUCCCAGCGUGAAUCUUCAUUAUCCAUUAGCACCAAGCUGCGGAUUUCCACGUAAACAAAGACGUGAAAGAACAACAUUCACAAAAUCUCAGUUAGAAAUAUUGGAAGAUUUAUUCUCUAAGACGCACUACCCCGAUAUAUUUAUGAGAGAAGAAGCUGCUAGGAAGAUAAAUUUGCCGGAAUCGAGAGUGCAGGUAUGGUUUAAAAAUAGACGGGCAAAACACAGACAAAAGGCCAAGCAAGAUAAAGACAAAACAAUAAAAAAAGUUCCCACGAAUUCAACGUCUAGCGAAAGCGAGAUAAAAGCAGACACUGCAUCUCCGACGCCAUCAUUAAGUCCAAAACCAAAAACAGUUCCUUCACCGAGAAGUCCGACUUAUAGAUCUAACAUAUCUCCUGUAACAACAUCAUCGAAUAUUAACUCCAUAUGGAGUCCUGCAAAAAACCCGGCUUGUCAGCAGCAAAGGAACUAUAAUACGUCGCCUAUACUGAGUCCGUGCGCUGGUGGAGGUAGUAUGUCCUACAACACCCCAAGUUAUUUAUCUCCACAAUCCAAUUACAUUCGAUCGAAUCAUGAAUAUCCCGCAUAUAUGAACAUGGGUGGUAUAACAUCCGUGGGCGGUCAUGCUACGCACUCAUCAGGCGAGAUUAUCGAAUUUCCAACAGAAUACCAUUCUCCAUCUAAUACCGGGCCGUGGGGAUAUGCGACCAUGUAGUAAGGGCCGUUUAUAUAUAUAACGCGGGCCGUCUACGCCCAAUAUUUGAAUAACACAUAUCAGAUUGGAUUGACUGUGAUAACGUUUUGAUCAGGCCUGUCAGUUUCGAAUUUAUUAGAGGAUAGAAAUGUUCUUGUUCUAUGCGUGGAAAAAGAUUUGCUUUGAAUGAAAGUUUUUGAGAAACAAACAAGCGAAGUGUUGCUCAAAACAUCACAAUCUAACGUGUCAACUAUAUAUGAAGUUUUGUUGAUGUAUAUAUAUAUAGAUUAGCGCGUUUUGUUUAAAAUUGUAUAUUUUCCCCUUGUAUUUUUAUUUACCAGAAUUACAAACAUAUUCAUAACUUCCAGACUUAUUUUCAAAAUGUUAUUCACCUCGUGACAGGAAAGAUCGAUUGGUUUUCUAAAAUCUCUUUUUGCACCAAAUUACUU